ACAAAAUUUAGUUUUUCUUCUUUAACAAAAAAAUAAAAUGAAAUUCGCUAUUGUGUCACUCUUCACUUUGGCCUUGGCUUUGGGUGUACAAUCCUCCAUACUUCCUUGGGGUGGUGUAGUUACUCAAGUUGCUGGUGGUCCUCUCUCAUACACCGCUGUUUCAUCACCAGUCGUAUCUGGUUGGCCUUGGGGUGGUGCUGUUGUUUCUGGAAUUCCCGCCGCUGUACCCGCUGUUGUAGCUGGUCAUGCUAGUUAUGUUGCCCAGACUCGUGGUGCUGUACACUCUGCCCCCUUGGCUGGUCAUCUCAACUCUGUUGCUAAUGUUAAUGUAGCCCCAGCUCCCGGUACCAUCUAAGACAUACUAUCUAGUUCAAUGUCAUCAAAAAUAGUCAUUUGAUAACUGCCAGUAUGAUAAUUUCAGCUAACGAUAUUUAGUUAUAGUUUUGUUAUUGUUUUCAUCUAGUACACGGUGUAAUUUCUGUUAUGUGUUCAUCUUUUCAUAUUUUUUAUACUUCAGAUGUUUUCUUUACUCAUCAUUAAUGAAUUUUAUCAAAAAAUCAAAACUUUGUAAAUAAAAGUAAAAUUAUAAAGAAAUUC